AUGGCGGAUGAAGACCAUCCCGAGGAGGGGCUUCGAAGCGGAUUCCCUCAAUCACCGUCUUCGUUCGAUACAGACCCGCGAGUCUCCUUCUCCAAACUAGACAACAAGUUCGUUCUCGAGACCGAUGAGGGCAACGAAUUCGAAUGGGACGCUGCUCUAAAACGAUGGAUACCAGUGCUGGAUCAGUCACUGUUGGAGCAACAAAGCGAGAUCUACAAGGUGCCAGGUGUCGACGAGAACGUGGCCCCUGCGAGGGACAAGAAGAAAAGGAAACACGCCAAUGGUGACGAGGUUGCUGAACGCGAUCAGGCCGGUCAAAAGCCCAAAAAGCCCCGAGUUAACACUGCGGUCUAUGUCACCUCCAUCCCACUAGACGCCGACGAGGAAGAAAUAGAACAUGUCUUCUCCAAAUGCGGCGUCAUUGCCGAAGAUCUGGAUACCGGCAAGCCCCGAAUAAAGUUGUACGACAACGAGGACGGCAAAUUCAAGGGGGAUGCCCUCGUCGUGUACUUUCGACCGGAAUCGGUGGAACUCGCCAUACAAAUGCUCGACGACACCGACUUCCGAUUCGGCACGGAAGGACCAAUGGGAAAGAUGAAGGUUCAAGCUGCAGAUUUCUCGCACAAGAAACCACAGGAGGAGCAGCAACAGCAGCAGCCAGCCAAACCAAGCAAAAAAGACCAGAAAAAACUAAUGAAGAGGACGCAGAAGAUGAUAGGAAAACUGACGGACUGGGAUGAUGAUGAUCCCCAAGUGCUCCAAGCGACGACUUCUAAGUGGGAUAAAGUCGUCAUCCUGAAGCAUAUGUUUACGCUCCAGGAAUUGGAGGAGGACCCUGCGGCGAUGCUGGAGAUCAAGGAAGACAUUAGGGAAGAGUGCUCAAAGCUUGGGGGCGUGACCAAUGUUGUGCUUUUCGAUAAUGAGGAAGACGGUGUUGCUAGCGUGCGCUUCUCCAGUGCCGAAGCAGCCGCCGAGUGUGUAAGAGUCAUGAACGGGCGGUGGUUCGACGAGAGACAGCUGGAAGCCUUUGUCGCAACCGGAAACGAGAAAUUCAAGAAAUCAAGCGACAAGGCGAUCGGCCUUGACGAGGAAGAGGAAGAGGACGAGGGUGGACGAUUGGAUAAGUUUGGUUCCUGGCUCGAGAGGGAGGGGUGA